GAGUGAGAGAAGUGUAACAUGCGAUUUCAGUUUCUCCGUUAUAAACUCUAUCUUACCACAAUAUGUGUCAAUUCUAUUUCGGUAGAAAUGUGAUAAUUGAAGGUAAUAAUCAUUGAUGUAAUUUGAGGUGAAGGAACCAGGAUGGCUCAGUCGAGCAGAAUGGAUCAGUUCACCUUUGACAAGAUGGGGCGCAAUUUGCGAAAGCACCAGUAUUUGUUCUGUAGACGCCUCGACGCAGUAGAGGUGCUCCGCCUAAUGGGAGACACCCUGACCGAGUCGAACGUGGGUAGCAUCAAGGCGAAAUACAAGUACAACAGCCCGGAUGAAGGAAUGGAUGAAUUCAUCGACUUUGUAAAGAAAAAGAAAAGUGCAAUGGAACGUUUUAGAAACAUCCUGAGGAGUUCCCCCGAUUACAAUGAUUUAGCCGACGUUUUGGAGGAGGGAGUCAGCGCUAGGCCUAGGACUAAUGCCGCUCAAGCCUCAAAUGUUCCUUGUGCAGCUUACAGUCAAAGGCCACCAGCAAUGACAUCAAUCAGGAGCCAGCAAACUACAAGGGAGCGAAAACCUACAAAAGACACGAAACUGACAGAUCUAGAUCAAACUGUGUUCUUAAAAUUAAGUGAAAAUUUACAGACAACUGCUAGUGAUAUACCGGGCAUGGAAUGCAGUUGGAGAGCUUUAGCAGCCGAACUAGGAUUCACUCACAGAAAGGUUUCUCUUAUUGGAAAAAUGAAUGAUCCUGUCGAUAAACUCCUACAAUAUUGGAUCCAGGCCGAUGGCGAAUGCUGCACGUUAGGAAAGCUUAUGUUGCUACUUCAAAAAAUUGAGAGAUAUGACAUCAUCAGUGAGAUUGAGAAUUGCACCGGAUACCAAUAUGAAUCUCAGUUACAUCUGAGGCGAGAUGAUGCGCACACCGCCUCAAGAGAGAUGACAUCACCUUCAACACAACAGAGCUCGACGGCACCUGAACGCCCGGACGUACCACUGGCGAUGUUGGGGCACAUUGAACGUACGACCGAGCUUGUCAACCAGACGCAGCAAAAUCUAGAAGAUGUUGAUGGUAAAAAGAGCACUGUUGUCAGUGUAGAGCCUGAGGAAGCUGAACAGAAGUCAGUGCCUCUUGUAAGUUCAAGGUCAAGGGACAGUUCAAGGUCAAAGGAAAGGUCAUCUGUCAAGGACACUAGUGUUAGUGCUGUUGCCAUGGAAGCGGACAAUAAACGGAGGGAUUCCACGGUCAGUGUUACGACACAUCAGCCUGAUCGAACGGGACCGGCGCCAGCUCAGGAAAGCGAAGAACCGGGUUCGUUUCAUCCAGACUUUAGUAACGAGAGUCCUCUGCAGGCGGCGCAGUUGCAGGAAGAAAAGGAAAUUCUUGCGAGGAGUGGGGAAAAUGUGUUAGAAUCCGUUCCUGGCCAAAACAGGAUGGAAUUGAGUGCACGCCCAGGAUAUUCAAAUGUAUCUUUGACUCACAGCAUUGAUGAUAAUGACAAUGAUAGUAUCAAAAUGUGUUCGCUGCGAGGUUCUGUUAGUGAUGAUUCGAUUACGAAUCGAACUGAACAACAUAGUGCUGACGUUGAAAAGGGGAUGUUAGAAAACGUGCAGAGGGAUAAAAGGGAAAAAGCCGAAAUAAAUGAGUUAAUUUCUUUGAAUGUGCGGGGCAGUCAAGAAAUCCGGGAACAGGGUCAAAGAAAGGAUUCAGUUUCAUCUCAUGAACUGGUUUCUGCUCAAGACUCUGGCAAUUCUCAAGUCAGUUUGGAUUCUGCAGAAAAUAGACAGACUAAAAUUAAAACUGUUUUUGGUGACAAUUCAAGUUCGAAUGAUGCACAAUUUCAUGUAAGUAACCCAAGUGUUCUAAUUUCUGGUGAAGUUGAGUCAGGAGGUCAUGUGAAUUCAGGGGCUUCUCAGUCAAGGUCUUGUGAACAAAGUGAGUGGUCAGCUUUAACUAAUUUUCAAAGGUUUAAGAUACUUCUUGAAGCAGAGGCCAACCAAAAUGGGUCGCUAGAUUUGAGUUCAGCUCAAGGACAAAGUGCCCUGAAUCAGCCAGUAUUACAACGUGAUCUCAGUUCAAAGAAGACGCCAGUAACUGAGGAAGAUUAUGAUGAAAAUGGGCUAAAGAAUGACCGUGCUAAUGGGUCUAUGUCUGAGGAUAGCCACCCUGAACAGACCAUUGCUAAGUCAUUGGGAAUGGAAAUUGGUAUUGCUGGAGCUGAAGGGGGCUCUCAAUUAUUUUCUGAAGCUCAGAACCUGUCUGAUGGUGUUUCAUCUAGUUCUCGUCAGCCUAUUGCUGAUCAGACUGGUGUUAAGUCAGUGGGACUGGAAGUUGGUAUUGCACAGACUGAAGGGGGCUCCCAAUCAUGUUCUGAAGCUCAGAACCUGUCUGAUGGUGUUUCAUCUAGUUCUAGUCAGCCUAGUGCUGAUCAGACUGGUGUUAAGUCAGUGGGACUGGAAGUUGGUAUUGCACAGACUGAAGGGAGUGUUGAAUCUGGUUUUGAGCACCCAGGAGAACCUGGUCAAGUAGUGACAGGAAGUGUUGAAAAGGAAUCGGAAACUUUUAUACCUAAUCAACAAGAUUUGACAUGCGAAGUCAACGGAAAUCGGCAAAGUUCAGAUGCGGACAUUGGUAGUUCUUUUGGGUGUAGUAUGUUGAAGAAAAGUGGGUGUAUCAAACCUGUUUUGAAUGUUGAGGAGUUGCAUGAUUUAGAAGGAGCGAAACAAGCAGGUCUUGUUCAGGAUGUAUCCGAUAGUGGUAAAUGCAGUACUUAUUGUGGGGAUGAGGAUUGUAGUCUGCAUAAGGUCUCUGCUGAUGGGCCAGUUGAGGAAGUGGAAGUUGUUGCCAAAAAUGAUGGUGAAACAGGUGAGGAUAAAAUAGGUGAACUCGAAGCUGUACGUGCCAAGACUGAGGAAAUCGAUGUUGGUUGCUCACAAAGAGAGGAAUUUAAAAGUGAUGAUGCCAAGACUGAGGACAAUAGUUUGCAUACUCAGUCAGAGAGUGAGCCUAAUUCCAUGCGAGUAGUCAUGUCAGAGUGCAAUGGAAAUGAGUGUGGAGGAAGUGACCGUUCGAGUUCAGCAGUAGUGAUCGAUCCUCUUGCCCUCCCUCGUGGUGCAGAAGUUGGUCCUGAGCCUGAACAGUUCGGCGAUACAAUGGAUUUAGGACAGGAUUCACAAUCUCGUCAGUCUAGAAAUGAACAGAUGACUGGCAUGAACUGUUCUGAUGAAGAACAGGUGUCGACCUCUGUGUCUGACAGAGGCGUCUGCUCUGUUCAAGAUUCACUGUUUUCUUCAAUGCCAACCAAUGGGGUUGAACUCUUUCCAACGUCUGCUCAAAGAAGUCUCCCUCAACUGAACACAAACAAUAACAGCAGACAGCAAACCACUUUCCUGCCUCAGCCACAAGAUUUGCAUGACAACAGUUCACCGGUGAUUUCCAAAUCUUCGAAACAUUUCAAGUCUAAGGAAUUAGAGGGACAGGAAUCAGUCACAAUGCAAAGGACCCCUUCUCCUAUAUUGGCACAGUCUCAUCAAAAUGAAAGCCAGAAUAAUGAUUCCAGUGAUACCCUUUCUCAGCAUUCCAUAACAUUAGAACAGGGUGAAGAACUGACAAAGCCUGCAGAAAACAAAUGUGGAGAGUCGGACAGUUGUAAACGUAAAUGCGUUAGCCUAGACACCAGUGUCGCUGAUGUCUGGGAAGCUGGAAUUUCAGCCACUGAAUGCCCUGCAAAAACUUUUGUAGUCAGGCGAAUUGAGCUUUCAGCAAGCGUGGAUUCAGAAAUAGGUCAUGAGCCUGAUUUUCAGCAAGAGCCCAACUCCAGAAUACGAAGAUCUGAACCCGUGUCAUACGAAGACUCCGUUGAAGAGUUAGGGCAGGGCUUUGAGCCUGAAUUGCGCCCGUGCUGUGAGAACGUUGUGACUAUUGGAAGGGUUGAAGUCAUUCAAAAUCUCCCCAUCAGAAAAGCGAGAAUCAGUCGAGUCCAAUUUGAGACGGAUGAUGAAGGUCUCGAUCUCGAUGAGGAGGCAUUGGAAAGGCACCUCAAGGUUGACUUUACGGGUGGAUUAGGUCACACUUUUAGGUCAACUGAGGAUGUCCAUUGUGGCCCAAAGAAUACAGCGUCAGUCCUUGAGAUAAACAAAACAGACCAAAUGAAAAGGUCUGCAUCGUAUGACGACAUCACCCCAAUCGCACGGAAACGACUCCAAAGAAUACCAUCGAAAGAAGAAGGUGACUCUGUUGGAUGUUUUCCUAAGAAGAUGUCCUUUCUUGGCUGUUGUACGGGGGGAAAAUUACCAAAGUUUACCAGCAAGCCUUUUAAGCAGUCGGAUAUUUACAAAAAGUGGAUGUCAUUUUCCUGGCAGAGGGAGGGUGGAAGGAAGUCAACUGCAAGUGAAAGCGACAAGGAGACAAUUUCCAAUAUGUCCAUUCCUGAUCCAGAUAUGCAUCUAAAGGAGCCUGUCUAUCCGUCUUGCAAAACUGAGGCCAGUUCGAAUGAAACUCUUGAACUUGAUGUUGAUCCUUCGCUCGUUGGAGACUCGGGAAUCGGAACAAGCGAAAACACAAUGCUGACAGCGUCACGAACACUGUCGGACUAUUCAGAGGACGUUAGCACAUCUGCUGAACUAAAUUUGCCUCCUCGGAGUCGAAAACAAAGAAGUUUGACAGAAAUAUUUGAUAGCCUUCCUGAUGGAUCUAAUUCAAGGCACAUUGAAACGACGCGGGGCUGGGAUGUGAUCUGGCAAAACGGCACUCCUGUUGGAAGCCUGACGUGCCUCACAGAUGAACAUCAUUACAAAUCAAACAAGGAAUGUGCUGGGAAGAAUGGUGGCAAUUCUGACGCACCCAAAAAAUCCGAAAAGCGUAGCGAUGAUGACCCGAAUCCAGAUUUAGAAUCAUCAGGGUCACACAGUGAGCUAAAUGUAACUGAUUCUAAAGAACCAGGGCGAGACCGAUGUUUUUCUCUCGACACUUGGAUUAGCGAUGACAUAGAGGCCUCCCUGAGUGGAAUUGAAGAAGUAUCAAGCCCGUCGUCUGCCCUUCCACCAAAGCAGACUAAAACUGGAAAAGAAACUACUUCUUCUUUCGGUACCAGGUCUGAGCAGCAGAGGAGAAAAAGAGAUGCUCCCAAGAAUAUCCCCAUUCGGUUCUUACAUGUAGUUACUUCAACUCCUGUUAAAGGUGAUCAAGUCAAGCCAAACAUGAAUGCAGAUGUUGGCCAACGGAAAGGAAGUGGAAAGCGGGGCAAAAAGGGAACUCUCAAACCACUCUCUCUAAGUCCAGAAAAGAUCCGGAGCAGACAACCGGCUACGAGCCCAUCCUCCUCUCACUCUCAUUCUGCCAAGUUCUUGUAUGAUCAUUGGAGCCCAUCACCUUCAAGGUCAUCCUCGGAGGUCGGUCCAGCAGAAAAUCAAGGAGCUUUAGAACAAGAAACGUCUGCUUUCAAUCAACGUACGCCAAGUGCUGAAAAUCUUGUAAAUCUUGUACCAGGUAUGACAUCUUAUAUUCACAACAUUGAAAAGACUGUUGUUGAUCUCACAAACGAAGGUGCCUCCUUUCAGCAAAAUCAGCCAGGGGAGUUAGUAACACCAUCAUCAUCGCAGACAUAUCUUAGGAAGUCAUCUGAUGGUGAAUGUCAAUCUUCUCGAAAAUCAUCAACAUCAGGAAACAAGGGCACAGUCACAACUGCCCCUACAAGCCCUGCCAAAAGAGUGGUUUCUAGCCCUUUAGAUGAUAAAACAAGUGCAGCUGGAAGUUCUUACGCUUUGAAGCAGCCAUCUUCUUCACCCUAUACUGCCAGAAAACAUACCGAUUUCGGGGAAACUAUUGUGACUCGUAUGGUUAUGCCAGAUUCUAACACAUCUGAUAGAGUUUCACCUCCUGGACAGAGAUCACUUCGUGCUAGUCAAACGCCUCAAGGACAGCAAAGGCCUUUGAAUCAGAAAGUUGGUGUAGAAUUUGGUGUAACUCCUAAUGUUAUACCUACAACACAGAUCGUGUCGACUCCUGCUGUUGCUGUGAUUAUGGAAACUGUGUCGGAGAUGUCAGGUGAAGUAACUGUGUCGUCUGCCAACACAACUCUGGGUUCUUCUGGUUCAAAUAAUCAGCCCUCCUCUUCCCACGCAAAUACUCCAGUGGUUCAGCUGGAGCCUAAGAACACUGAUGCCGGGGGCAGGGAAACAAGAUAUGUUGGACAGUCUGCAGCAAAAAUGGCUUUUUUGUCUGGGAAAACAGUAAGGGACCCGAUGAAUGGGAACAAAUACUUCUACCAGUUUAAAAAUCAAUGGGCCGAUUCAAAAGUUGGUGAGACAAAACCAUUUCAAGGGGACUGUUCACCAUGUGAUGUACAGGAUGAUAAAAAUUCUGGUGAAAUAGACUCAAGCUCUGAACAUUUACCAAGUGAAUCAAAAACAGCAAGUAAAGUUACCCAGAAUGUGUCGGCUGCCAAUGAUCACUCCACAGGUGCUCAUGAAAAGGGAAGGAGAAACUCUGAUAGUGCUGUGCCACCACUUGGAAAGCGGUGGACUCCCCAGGCAAGACAUUUAGAAGGGGCUGUUGGUGGAAGGGAAACCUCUGCGUCGUCAUCCGGCAAGAAGGAUCAAACAGGUGCCAAGGGAGAAGGAAGGAGAAAGUCUUUCGGUUCCGAUCAGAGGAGAGGAAACUUGAAGACCAGUCAGUCUGUAGAUGGCACUAUGGCAGGGCCGAGUCAUGUCUUUGAUAUUGGUAUUGGAGCUCUCCGGUGUGCUAUGACUCCGACAGGGAUUGACAUCGGCUUGAAGUUGAGCAGUCCUGGCGUUAGGCGGCAUGUUCUUGGGCAACCAAGUGAAGAAAAUCAAAGGAGAUUGCAAAUAUCUAAUCGGGAGGAUACCAUGAGCGGUGUGAAAGAAUCUGGACAGGGUUCAAGUAGCAGCCCAGAAAGUUCUGUUGAGACCCAAGACAAGAAAAACAGUGAGAGGUCAACGCUCAGAAUUGAAGGCAGUAACACAUCUGAAGUUGGAAAAGGACAAUCAGAACUCCAACAUUUUGAAAAUGUCAGCUCUCAAGAGGAAGCUGUACCUGCUACCGAGGUUGUGCAAGAUUCACCACUGGCUUUAUGUUCACAAUCGCCAGUCAUUCUUCAACCUUCAAGUUCUCCUCGUGACGUUCCAUCACACAUUGUGCCUGCUCCAAGUUCUGAUGCCUCUGACAUCAUUGCGCCUGCACCUGCUCAAAGCGCUGCUGCUAGUGACCAUGAGCUUUCUGCCAUUGCACCUGCUCAAAGAGCUGCUACAAGUGACCUUGACCUAAGUGAAUCUGCACCUGCUCCCCGAGUUGCUGCCUCUCACCUUGACCUAAACGAAACUGUAUCUGUUCCGCUGGUUGAUGCAAAUAACCAUGUCCCUAGUACACAUUCGCCUGCUCCCAGAGCUGCUGCCAACAACCGUGACCUCAGGACGUUUGCUCCUGGCCCCAGAAGAACUCUGGGAGUACCCCGGAUGAGUUCUGCUCAAGGAGGAGAUGAAAACAACAAUGUUGAUGAGAAAAUGAGGAAGCAAAGUCCCGAAUCUGAGCGGAUGCAAGAACUUCGGGAAUAUCAAGAAACCGGAGAGGAGAGAGGAGAUACUAUACCUGAUGCACGAAUCAUUUUUGGAAUGGAGCAGGAUAUCCAGACUGGAUCAAGUCCCGACUUUGUUGCUGAGGAAGCCUUGGAAGUUGAAGUUCAGAUUGAUGCUAGAACUGAUGUAGGCCUACCAGUCGUUGCUGAAACAGAGGCUGCCAUUGAAAAUGUAGCAAUCAUUGAUAAUAACACCAUGGACAAGGCAGUUGAAAUGGACCAGAACGUCAAUGCACAAGUUAUCACUGAAGUUCAGCCUUAUGUCGAGACUACGAAAGCUGCUAUUGCCAUAACAAGUACAGUUGAGAAGGUCCUUGAAGCUGAUAGUCCAGUUGUUGCUGAAACCCAAUCUGAGCCUGUCAUGGCGAUAGAGGCAAGGACUGAUAUCAUGAUGGAAAAUACCAUGGACAGUGAGGUGGAAAUUGUCAGCAGGGCUGAUAGUCAGUCUGACAUUCAACCUGCCAUUGCUGUUGUUGUCACAGAGGAUGCCCGAGGAAAAGAAGUUCAUGCGCACAUACCAGUCAUUGCUGAAACGGACCCUGACCAGGUGUUUGAGACAGAAGAAAGGGCUGAUAGUUUGAUGGAAGAUGCAUGUUAUAUUGAAAAGGUUGAGGUGGUCGAUCAUGGGGCUGAUUCACCAGUCAUUGCUGCAACUGAACCUAAUCUUGCGACUAAAGCCCAGGUGGAUGCAGAGGAGACUGUAGGAGAUAGGCUUGAAAUUGAUGGCGAGUCUGACACACCUGUUGCUGCUGCUGGGGAACCUUACAUCCCAACUGAGGCAAGGGCUGAUGCAAAGGAGACUGUUGAAGAUAGCGUUGAAAUAGAGAGUGAGUCUGAUGCACUACUUUCUGCUACUGUGGAGCCUGGCAAUGCAUUUGAUCAAUGCGAGCCAUUGAAUGAAAUGAAGACAACGCAAUCAAAAGCAUUUGAUGAUAGUGGCAUUGGUUUGGCAGCUACAUGUCUGAACCUUGACCUGGCCUCAACUAGUGCCAGCUCAUUACCAGAUAUCAUCAACUUGACAAAAUCUGGUUCAUUUGAAGAAGAGUCUCUUGGGGAUGAUGACGCAGCCGGGCGGAGUCUUCCCGAUGUUGUGGUGUACACAGGCAGCGUAGCAGAAAAUAACCCCACAUCCGAGUUGUCACCGCAAUUGAAAGAAGCAGACAAUUUGCAUCAGAACCCUAGGCUUUCAUUUGGUAAAUACUUAAAAGGUGAUGCUGUGGCUGAGGCAAAUGAAUCAGAUUUGCCGGAUGCAGACGGUGAUGCUAGCACAAGUACCUUUGGCCAAGUGACUGCGAGUUCAGAAUUGGGGGAAAGCUCUCGCGUUUCAUUGCAGGAUGAUGUCCGUGACAGUCUACAUGAAUCUCCUGAUAAACUUCCUGCUCAAACUCCGCAAAGUUUAUCAGGCGGUGAUAUCAGGGAAGAGACCUGCCACUGGGAGAGCCUGCCAUUCGAAAGGGAUGUGGGGUCAGCACCUACACAGUCAGGCAGUUUUAACAUCGAUCCUCCAACAGUUGCAGGAAUCAAGUUACCACAGUUUGUCAGCUCGAUAACCAAAGGCAGGAAUAAUGAAGGUGUUAGGGGAAGAGAAGGAUCUAUUGAAAAACAAGUUGGCAGAGUCGAAAAGGAAACAAGCAAGGCUCAGGAUGUGGAGGACGAGAUAACUGGAGAUGUGCAGCAGAUAACAACUUUUUCUUCUCGAGCAGAGACUUCUGCUGUCCCUGAACAUGGUACAGAUCGGUCUUGGUAUCCAGAGCAGACGUCUGGUGAUAUGACUGUGCGUCCGUGUGUCAAUCAACAAACAGUAACGGAGGAUGCACUGACGUCUGCCUCACAUUCGGAUGAAUUUGGCCAACGAUUGCAAAGUAACCGUAGCUACCACCAACAGGACCUGAACAGGCCUACAGUGCUGCAAGAUAUGAUCAAAGUACAACAAGAAUAUGGCAGCCAUACAGAGUCUAGCAGGGAUGCUGUUGGACCAACUCUGAGUCAUUAUCGCGAACAAGAGGAUUCCAUGACUUCACAUUCAACGCAUCAAGGAACUUUGCAGUUACAGACUGCAACAACCAUGGAGUCUGCAAGAGACGAUUCUGGACCCGUCAUAAAAGGGGCAUGUCAUUAUCCACAACAAGAUUCGGCAAACUGGCAAUCACCCAGGUUGUCAACUCAUCAGGAAACGUUGGAGUUUCAGAACGUGUCAAACUUGGGGUCAACAAGAGACAAUCCUGGACCUAUUCUUCAAGGGGCAUGUCAUUACUUGCAACAAGACAAUUCGGAGUUCACAGCACCAGCCCAAGAUCAGGUCAUGAACUUUGCUCAGUUUCAGGAAAUGGUGAGUCAGUUGGACGAUAGUAAUCAGUAUAACAUUCCUAACAUCCAGGCAGAGGUACAACCUCUUGACGAUGAUGCGUAUGAUAUAUGUAGUAUCAUUGUUGAUGAGAUAUUCAACAAGGCCAUGGCGUAUAUCGAAGAUCGUGAGAUGAGGAUUUUCUCAGCAUUUGGAAUUGCACAGCGUCCUCAGUCAAGGGUUUUUACUGCUGCUGGUGCAGCAAGGGGGCGAUCUAUGGCGCAUGGCAUUAUGCUUCCUGGAGUCGAAUCUCGUUUGAUUCCUGUGGGUGAGCAAGAAUUAGACGGCGUCGAGACGGAACAGACUAUCGCCCUGGGUGACGCUAGUGAUAUUGUUGAAGGGGCCACAAGUGGAGAGGUUGAGCCUUUGGAUGAGAAGGGGUUAAUCAAAAAAAGUGUAGACAUUUGUAAAAAGUUUGCGCCCUACGCUGCGGGUUCAGCCACUUUUGGUACAUUGGCGUAUUUGAUGUAUAAAAAGUUGAAGAUGACUUGAGUGUAAGCAUGCAGCAUGAAUCAAAAGAGAACAAUCCCUGUUAGGUAUGUUUGGGGAAAAUGAGAAAAUUGCUUCAUCGGGGCUGAAAUACAUUUUCGAAAUUGAUCAUGAAUUCACUCUGUAAAUUGAAUGUGAUGGCUUUGAUAAACUGGCUCAAGGUGAUUUCAAUAUGACUCUUCUCUGAUAAUGUUACAUUGUAUGAAUUUAUGGUUUCCAAAUGUGAUAAUAUCACAUGAUUUAUUGAUAUCAUUGAUAAAAUAUGCAGUUUGUUGACCAACCAUACUCUUGGCAGUAUUGUUUCUUGUAAGGAGACUGAUAGUUUGGGGAUGGGGGUUUUAAAAACUUGAAAAGUUUAUUGUUAAGGUCUGUGCUGCAUAACUCAGAAGCACUCCAACAUGUCAUUUUGUGAUAGUUGAUUGAUUAAUUUUCAUUGGCACUGAUUAUUUUGUGAUAAUGAGCAUGAAAUCCAUUGUUUCCAGUAGUGUCUUAAAUUGAUCUGUACAAGAUCCAGAGAUUUCCAAAAGCAUAAUUUGAGGUAUUCACCAGUUAAAAAUCUGAAUUCUGCAUCCCAUUGUGCUAAUUUGCAAUCGGCCAGUCAGAGGCUCUUUUUGGGUCAGUUACAGUCAAAUUUGCUUUUGCAUAUUGGCACUUAUGCAGUUUUAAUGCUCUUGUGAUGAAUUACUGUUUAAAUACAUGAUUGUUACUCAGUUUGUUUUUUCGGUAUGCAAUCUCAGUUACUGUAAAAUUAGUCAGGAGUAGUUUUGACUGACUUGAUGGCACAACUGCUUCUGUAAUGAUAUAUUCCAUUGCGAUUCAUCCGUCACCUGUCAGUUAUGUGAUGGCUCCUGGCUGAGUUAACAGUAGGCAUUAUGGAUACUGUAAAAUCGGUCAGAAGCCAUUUCAUUGACUUACCUGAUGACACCACUGCCUCUGUAAUGAUAUAUUCCAUUACGAUUUAGCUGCCACCUUGACAGUCGCAACAGAUCCUGACUGAGUUUACAGAAUGUGAUCAGAAUACAUUUUAAAUGUGUUGAUGCUAUGCCUUAUUGCAAGUGUAAGGGCCUUCUAAUUUAUUCGAAAAUGAGAUGCCCAUUAAAUGGGACAGCAUUCAUCAUGUACAGAAAUGACAGCAUCCGCCUGUUAAUUUAUCAUCAUUUAUUUAUUACAUGUACACAACAUUACUUUGCCAAUUUUUUGCCUGACUUGCACUUUGAGUUAAAGAAUAUCAUAAGUAGUGGUGUCAGUUUAUUCCAUUCUAUUUAGAUUCUGAAGUUAAAUGAUCAUGAUAGCAAUAGUUGUAGACAUUAAGGGCCGAAUUUACGAAGGGUGUUUAAGAGUUAGACGCGUGUAAAUUCUACAUAAUCAGUUUCAGGGUCUAAUGCGGUUUUCAUGAAGAAACCCUGCAAGGCCCUGACUCUGUCUAUUCAGACAUUAAACGCUGUUUUAAGCUAAACACCCUUUGUAAAUUCGGCCAUAAGUGUUUUCCUUAUAUUGUCCGAGGUAAACUGGUUUGAAAAACUUGGACAUGUCCGAAAUUAAAACCCUCAAAACUUUGUUCCAGAUUGAGUUAACUGUACCUUGAUAUCAGACUUAAACCCAAAUCUUUAACAUCUGUAAUUGAGAGAAUUUUAAGGUGGUGUGGUGCUGAUGAUUUUUGAAGAUUUGAGUGAUUGUGUUCAAAACUCUAUGUGAUGUUAAGGACUUUUUGAUAAUGACCAAAGAUUAUUUUGUUAGAGUUUUGAAACUCAUUCCUGUGAUGCAGUCGUGUGUUCACCAGCACUUUCUGGGUUUUGUGAGCCGCACAGCUUUGCUGGCGUUACAUUUUUGCGGAUGUCGCGAAUAACCUGGGUUCGCGGAAAUAAAAAUUGCCAAAAAAUAUUUUUUGAUAAGACAUUUGUAGUAAUCGCAACAUUAAAAAACAUGAAAAUUAUGUCUGUAUGAAAUGCAAAAGUAAAGAACCAAGAUAAUUUUGUGAUUUACAGUAUCUGUGUACAUUCUAUGUUUGCCAUGAUUGUGUGCUGUGGGGUGUCUUUGGCAAACAUUGGCAAACUUAUGAAUAUAAUGUGACAGGUUUUGCUAAGGCAUGUGAUGGAAAGGGAGCUGAAGUUCUCUCUAGCGAGUCGAUGUUCCCUCUCUGGAUAUUAGGUCCAAUAUAUACGUACGGAGCUGGCAUGCUGGUCAAAGCCUGUUUAUUUGCGACAAUUUGCAUCAGAAAUCACCUUUCUCUGAGCCAGGCCAAAGACCUAGAGUUGACCUGUGUUAUUCCCGCUUUAAUAGUGGGGAACUUAUUC